AUGCCUCUGUUCUUCCAGAGCACCAGGCGCAGGGCGCUAGCAACCAAGGACGAGGAGGGCGAUAAUACGACCGUCGCUCUAGGGUUAUGUCGUGCCACCCCACUGCAGAGCCAGCAGCAAGCAGACGACCCCGUGGAUGAAGCAGACGCUGCCACUCAGCUUAAGGACGAGGAGAGUGACGACGACGGUCACGGCACCGAAGGGGAGGUCGACGAAGAGAAGCGCCACCUGGGGGCGAAACGGGCUUCCGACACUCAAAGACAUUGCCUCGAGUUUGAUGAACGAUCCGGGGCCCGCGAAUCUGUUGGAUCUGAAUGGGACGGGCAGUCGUCGCCGGCGGAGGCUCGGGGCUCGGCUUGA